CUGAAGACGUUCCAUUUGUUCUUCAGUCAAAAAUGAAUGAGCGCGUGAGAUUGCCGCAGCCGAGCUCGAGUUGGAUCCCAAUUCCAGUUCAGCCGACGACAGUUCCAAUCCGAGUUCGGCAAGAAUUAGGAGCUCUCCCCUGAAUAAAUGGGCAGCGGCGGUGGGAGCAAAAGCUCCACUUCGAUCUGCUCGCCCACCUUCCCGAUCUCCAGACCUAGACACGCCGUCGAUGGCGGCGAAGGUGCUCCAGCUCCGUAGCUCCGAAGGCAAGGUGCUCGUCGCUCCGGCGUGGGACUAUCGCCCGGCCGCCGCCCAAGCCCGCCCGCUGGAGAUGCGGGUGCCCUCGCGCGCCCUCGAGAGGGUGCUCCAGUACUGGACCAAGCACAGCCUUGCCAAGGCCACCGGUGAGUCCCGGGAGUCCCUUGCCUGCUGGGACGCCGACUUCCAGCGCCGUCUUGGGGAAGACGGCCUCGCCAAGGAGGCCGCCGCAGCCGUCCAAGAACUCCGCCGCCACGGCGUCCACCAUGGAGGGCGUCCCCGUCGCCACGCCGCCACGGUCGCAACUGCUGUCGCUGCUCCAGCCACCGCCACCCGUGCUGAUCCCGUUCGUGCCUGGUGCCAAAUCGUUCACCACCUCAAGGGUGUCGACCACGGAGAACCUAGCCCGGCGCCGACGGCGUCCAUCGCUUUCCAUGCCUCCGAUAUUGCCGUCGCCACGCGCCCUCGGCCUGCCACCACCUUGCCGGCCGCUGCUGGUACUGAACCUGUUGGUGUCCGGUGGGGUGGCCACGCCAUGUUGCCUUGUGGGCAACUGGUGGGUACCUAUGGUCCAGAAUUCCAGAUGCCGGCAAUCUUCCUCUCCAUGUAA